UCCGCCUCGCAGCAGUCGACACGCAGCUCUCGCAGCCACCCUCUCCGCCCGCCAGCCUUCACGUGUGCAGCAUAUAUUCGGUGUGUGCUUCGCGAUCGUGGCAAGUGCUGACCCUCGACCUGAGCACCGCGGCCCUUCGCGCCCCAGCAGAAGGGAAACAGUCAGCCGACCGGCAGGCAAACACACACAAGAAGUAACAGCGUCGACUGCAUUCUUGGUCAAAAACUUGGAAAAUUGAAGCAUCUUCACGCCGAGGAAAGUUCAGAUUUUGGACAUGUGCCACCAGCUGCGAGCGCUCGAACGGCCCGACCGGCGAUGAGCGGCGCAUCGACAGCCAUGCGAAAGAGGCGAGCAGGAAGCGGUGAAUUAGGAGCCGUCUUAAAUGCGGCUCUGUUGAUUUUAUUGAUGGGCGCCGAGGCUCAAACGCAGCAGCAGCUGGCGCCGCAAGAACACGCCGGGCAGCAGAAGCCUGCCGCUAAGCCGCUUACGCUUGUGUCAGGAGGCAGUAACUCGUCGCUGGGCGUCGAGUGGCACCACGGCGAAGAGGUGAAAGAUCAGCGGCGGAGUACGACGCCGGUCGCCGCCGCCCUGGAGGACGAAGAUGCGUCGUGGACGAGCACCACGGAGCCGGCGAUGCGGCUGACCCAGCCGCCGCUGAAACGGCCCUCGUUCCUGGAGCACGUGCACCUGCACCCGCCCGACGGCCAGCGCCGCUACGGCCCUUACUUCGAAGACGGUCUCGGCCCUUUCAACGUGACGGCGCGCGUCGGCUCCACCGUGCUGCUCGACUGUCGCAUUGGCAUGCUCCAGGACAAGACGGUAACGUGGAUCCAGCGCAAGGAGGACUCGAUCCAUUUGCUGACAGUCGGAAAGCAGGCUUACAGCAACGACGCAAGGUUCAGCCUCAAUUUCCGCUACCCAAACAACUGGCGUUUGCAAAUUUUGUUCGUGAGCCGGCGGGACGAGGCCACGUACGAGUGCCAGGUUGCCACCCACCCGCCGAGGGUGCUGCAAGUCAGACUCAGGGUCAGCGCUCCGGAACUGCACAUCCUGGACGAGCACGGGCACGCCGUGUGGGAUCGUUACUACAAGGUAGGCAGCAGGGUGGAAUUGCUGUGCGAAGCCUCGAGGGUGCAAGAGUCGCCAUCGACGGUUGAGUGGAGGCAGGCUGGCGUGUCCCUUGCCGCAGUGGCGAAAAACCAUUCACGCCCAGAUCUCAGUGUCACCUCUGGCACUCUGGUGGGCAAGGACACUGUGCGAACGGUGCUGACGCUGCAGCGGGCCCGCAAGCAGGACUCUGGCAAUUACACUUGCGUCGUCGCUGACAUCGCCGAGGCGACGGUCACCGUGCACAUCUUGAAUGGCGAGCUUCCGGCCGCGGUGCAGCACGGAACGUCUGGUCAAGCCCCAGUGACCCCGCUGCUCGGUGUGCUUGUCAUACUGUCACACCUGGUGGUCACGUGCCAGUCCAGGUGACGUCUCGUGGGACUCGAAGAUCGGAUCAGCCCUGGCCGACGCUAGAGAAGGUCGAACCAAAAGUCUAAUACCUGUUUCAUCCCAACACGAGAGGGUGCGAAUUCAGCGAGAUCGCCUCGAGUGAGCAGAAACUAUGAACACACAUGCGUGCCAAAGUGUGUUGCGCACCGCGGACUCGUGCGUUUUUAUACCUGGUGCAGAGGAUGCUGUGUUUCAAGAUUAAAAAGAGAACUAUAUUUCACAAUAGUCAUAUCAAAAAAGUUUUUUUGAAAGAAGCAGCGGAACCAAUUAAGGAACGGUCGUGUGCUUUUUGGAAGAAGUGAGAGCGAAACAGACUCGUGGAAGUUGAGCCGGUUUCUCGUCGUGAAUAUGUGUCUGUAAAAUAACGGAUCAAUUGUGAGCAUGAGUUUCUAUGUUAAUUAACCUGAUUAUUAUAAAUUGUAACAAUAUUAGAGAUUGGGAAAUAUAUCAAUGUGUUGUUUCAAACAAUAAAAUGGAUAAAAUGCUA